CGUCCGUUUGUCAAAAACAAGCUAACUUAGCAACGGUAGCCUGGCUAGUAGAUAUGAUAUAAUAACACGGACACUUUUAAGUAUAAUUUACGCAACUACACAUAAAACACGACCAUAAAACUGUUGUUAAACAACGCGAUAUAAUAGGUAAACGUAAACCAGUUAUAAUUAAUGUUUGCUUCUAAUGCAGCGGGCGGCUAACUGUUUGUAAUCAGCUAACAAGGUAACGUUGUCGUAAGGAACCAAUCGACUAGGAGAGUUGUUAUCAAGCUACAGGCUCUGAGUGUGUUGUUUGUAUAUCUACGUCAGUGGUUUUCCACAAGUACCGCAAAGGAGUUAUAGAAAGGUGAAGAUAAUGCACCACGUCAAGAUCAAGACUGAAAGGCCAGAUUCAGAUGGGACAGGUGCUCGCAGCAGAUUGGAUGCAGUGUUAAAGGGGCUAGUAGAGAAAAGUGAAAAUGAAAGGGAGCAAAAUGAGAGUGAUUCUGGAAAAAUGACGACAGACUCGUUAAACAAGGAUUUGUCUCCAUCAUCUGCUGGAAAAAGGCCUUCAGCCCGGUUUCCACAGCACCGGAGAAAGAAGCGAAAAGAAAUGGAUGAAGGAAUACCAGAGAGCAAUCAGCAUAAACAAAAUGCUUACAUCAUUAAGUUGUUUGAUCGCAGUGUGGAUCUGGCUCAGUUCAACACCAACACCCCACUGUAUCCUAUAUGCCGUGCUUCAUGUAAAAAAAUCUACUUUUAUGCUGCUGUCUCCCUCAAUCCAAUGCAUAUCAAAUAAGUUGUCACAGACAUGAUCAACGGGAAAGUUCAGAAUGUGUUCCGACUUCCUCCUCCAGCCUCGUGUCCAGUUACGUCCACGGGUGAACCUGUCAAUCUCAGGAUCCCACAGGCAGAAAAACCCACCGAUACCAAGUUGGCAGAUGUUACCCCAUCAGGAUCUCUCCUGUGUGACCACAUGGAACGGUGGAAAAAGAUAAGGCACAAAUGGAAGGAGUGCUCCAACAAGAACCAGUUAAGAUACAGCGAGAGUAUCAAGAUCCUCAAAGAAAUGAAGGAGCUGUAUGAUCGCUAACUGGCUGCCAGGACACACUUCAUGACUUUAGACGUAAAGUCUACACGAUCAGACUCAUAGGAAAGCAUUAUCAGAACCUUGAGCCUUAAAAUACUUGUCAUUCUCUGCAUUGCAGAAAAUGUUCCAGUUCCUUGUAUGUGAGUGUCCUCUUGGGCCAUGUGGGAUAUUUAAUUCCUGAAAACUCAGUGCUAAUGUAUGAAUAAUUUAAAUUACUAGUCAGUAGUGUUUUCUAGACAUUCUUGUGAGUUGUGCAUCCUCAAAUUAAAAUAACAACUAUUAAA